AUGACUGGUGGGCCUCGUAAACAUUUAAACAGACAAGUUGCACUCGACUCAUGGAAGAUAGAUAAAUCUAUAGGUACUUAUGCUAUUAGAACUCAUAGUGGUCCUCAUAAAAAAGACUUGUGUAUUCCUUUGGCAUAUGUCUUGCAGUAUUUUUUAGAAUAUGCGCAUAAUAGGAAGGAAAUUCAAAUUAUUUUGAAAUCUAAGAAUAUUAUGAUUAAUGGUAAAGUAAUUGAAAAGAGAAAAUUUCCUGUUGGAGUUGGAGAUGUUAUAAGUGUUGUUAAAACAAACUUACACUACAGAGUACUUUUUGGUGUAGAUAAGAGUUUUAUAUUGCACCAGAUUGAUGAAGAAGAAAGUAAGUAUAAACUUGCAAAAGUAUUAAAUAAAAAGACUAUGUACAAUAAUGUGCCAUACAUUUUUACUAAUGAUGGUGCAUGUUUUAAAUAUUGUAAUCCUGCUAUUGAUAUUAAUAAUACAGUUAAGAUUUGUUUAAAGACUAGAACUGUUGUAGAUUAUGUAUCUUUUAGAGAAGGAGGCAUAGUUUAUGUUUACACGGGAGAAAAUACUGGAAGAAUAGGGAUUAUUAAGACUAUAAAAGAUAAAUCACUAAUCUGUGAAGAUUUCGGAUCUAAACAGUUUGAGGCUUCUAUUAGCUCUCUGAUUGCUAUUGGUGAUAGUGAAGAUAGUCUUCUUAUUAGUUUGCCUGAAGAAAAGGGAGUGAGACUUACAGCACUCGAGGAAAGUAAUCUUAAAUUUGGAGAAAUAGUUAACACUGAGGUGGAAUCUAAUUAA